AUGGCAGAGGCGGCAGCGUUGCGUGAGGAUACAGCCGCCGAGAGUGCCUGCCUAGAGCGAGCAGAAUCCUUGGUACGCGCGGUGUCUACAAACUACACCAUCCUGGACUGGCUCAGCACGCAGUGGCCUACGUUCAGGAUACUACAUCGGUUGCAGUUCGGCUUGCUCCCCGAGGAGGCGGCCGCAGUGGAGGGCUUCUGGCUGCAAGAAGACCUUGUCCCAGAGGAUCCGGACACAGGUGGGCGGAUGAAGUUUGCCUUCAACAAGGGCUUCAUCAGGCCUGAUGCGCUGUACAUUGAUGUUGCGGCAGACAUUGUCGGUACAGAUAUGCUGAGAACUCUGCCGGCAUUCUUCGGGAUGCGUGCUGCGCGGCCUGGUGAGAGGUGGAACGUGGGGCUUGCAUACACCUCGAACGACUACGGCGAUCUCAUUCCGUCAAAGGACCUGUGGCGCCUCAGGGGUACCAGGCAGAAACUCGUUUUCGUCCCGGACCUCCAAGAGGUCAUCGGCGAGAAGGACCAGCAGUGCCGGGCGUACUACGACGCGCUUGACACGUGGCAAGUCAGUGACAGCCUGGCGAGCGAGGUGGGGGGCAUGCCAAAGUGUUUCGACAUGCCCGGCGCUGCAGAAGAGCUGCGCGCCUUCGCGUCGGCGACCCCGAAGAAGGCCCGCUUGGGUCAGGUGGAGGAGGCUUUGAGAUCCAUGGUGCCGGCCAAGGGCGGCGGUGAAGAGGACCCACUCCGUCGCCUCCAGAAUCUUCAAAAGAACCUGGAAGAUGGCUACAGCGUCUCCUCCAGCGAGCUCCUGCAGACGCAGUCGGAGCGCUUCGAGGAGGCUCUCUUCACAUCAGAAGGAGAUGAGAUACGCGAUGGAAUUACGACCAAAGGGCCCUGCUACGAGCUUCAGCACUCUGUUUGGGAUGCCUGUCUGUUUAUCGGACUACCAGCUUUGAGCAAAUGUGACUCCGUGCUGGCUGGGUUUCUGCUGCUGCUGAACAUGAUCACUCAGAUCGGCUUCGUCGUGGUGGUCCGUCACCGCAUGCUGGAGGACGUCCUACAGCCAGAUCAGCUAUCGGAGCUCCUCCGAUUCCGAACGAACGUGGCCCACGAUGUCAGGUAUGCCGACCUCGUUGGAGGUCGUUCCAUGGCAAGGCAAGUCUGCAGCGAGGAUGAUUCUCUUCAAUGGGCGAAUAUGCAAACAGGGGUGAUCGCGGAUCUGAAUGACUACAUCUCCAUCGGGCCUAUCUUGGCGAUGCUGGCCAUCGGCUGCUGGCUUUCCACGACCCUCCGGGAGUUGUUCAACAUCACGGGCUUCCUCAGCGCCAUCCACAGAUACCCAUCAGGCGAGAUCACCGUGAUAGCACCCGGCGAGGACGGCGACAGCGGGAGCGUUGUCAUCACGCAGAUGUCAAAAUUUCGGAAGGUCAUGCUCUUCAUCUUUGUCGCGUUGCCUCGCCUGGUGGUGGCUGUGUCCCUCGCGCUCACAGGCACAAAAUACCUUGCGAACACUCUAAGCCCGGCAGACUUGAUCCUCAAUGCGGUGGCCCUGGCCUUCAUCCUGGACCUCGACGAGUUGGUGGAGUCGGCCUUUAUGCCAAGAAGGGCACGCUUUCUGCUGGACGCCUUGGGGACACUGCCCAUCGCCCGCCUGGAUAUCCCAGGUAUAGGCCGCAUGCGCGGGGGCUUCCAGGAGCGCAUGAAGAAUCUGCUGAAAGUUGCCCUUCUUCUUGUGGGUCUCUCUUUGGCGUGGAUGUGUUUUCUCCAGCCACUGUACGACCGGGUGCAGCUGGCGCACAAUAUUCUCUGCAGUGGCAGGCAAGACUUCAUCUACACCGUCAACGCGGCGACUGGCCUCGUCGAGGCUACAACUACAUUCUCGGACACCGUUCCCUUGACUGCCAACCAGAAGAGUGUACUGAGACUGGCAGAUGUGGAUUUGUUUGCCAUUCCGGACUGGUACGAGGAACAAGAGAUUGAAAAGUUCCAGAAGAACGGGGAACCAGCUAUCCUUCACACAGCCGACGAUAGCGAGGAGGCCAGCAUGAAGUUGCUCUUCCAGGUUUUGAUGUUGGAGAAAAGUGAUGUCGAGAAAGCAGCGUCGCGUCUCCCAUGCGCAGAUGACUCAUUUCCGGCUGGCCUUGUCAGGGAUCGCUUGAGGGACAUGACCAACAACUCUGUGAGCAGCUGCAAGGAAUUGGUAGAGAAGCCGGAACUGUGCGCAGACAUGAUCAUGAAUCCCUUGCGGUCCCUCUGCCCGCAAACUUGUGGCUGUGAUGACCCUAUCGCUUCCGCAGCUGCGGCAUUCGCGACUGUUCCUUUUGGCUGUCCGAAGAUGUGCAUGCCACUGAGGGCGAGCUCCAGAAAGCUCAAAUAUGCGCCUUGUACGGACAUGACUCCGGUGCAAAUGGCUUCGAGCAGCUAUAUGAAGCGUUAUUUUCACGGUCUCUAUGAGGUGAAGCUCGGGAAUGAAGAGAUCGCGAAUGCCAGCACGAACGAGUACAUGAUGAGUUUGAAUAACAGCUACUACAACCUUCUGCCGGGCCCGAACAAAACGGAGUCGCUGCUUGAAGCCGGGGAGUUCUACAGAAGUGGUGGCUGGCAUCGCGCCAUGGCAGCUGCGAACUUUAUCCUAGGCCCCGGUAUCCCACAUCCGCGUGGGCUUACGGGCUGCGCUUUCUUGGAUUCCGAAGAAGUGAAACACUUGGCAGGUGGCGACUUAUGCUUCCCGCGAACGGAUGGAGAUCUGGUGGUGUCUCUUCGCAUGCAAUGUCCGGUGACCUGUAGCUGCAAAGCAGACGAACGCGAAUGUGCCUGGGGUGGCCGAGGGAUUGAGAUUCGCUUCGGCGUGCACCAUCUCCUUGGUGCUGACGAGGUUCCAGAGGCUUCGGCUACCUGUGAUUUCCUGCCGCUGGAGGAUGCGCAGUGCUUGGGUCUCGAAGCCGGGCCUGAGGGGUCCUCAGCAACUCCGGCGACAUGCAGCGAGGCCUGCUGCGGCCUGGGUAGUGCCUGUGAAGCCUGGAACUGGCGCGAUGCCGAGGGCUGCUGGGUUGGCAUUCCGCGCUUCUGUACCGAUUCCAACCCGAUGUACCUCGGGGGCUGGCGGGGCGGCAAGCGUCCCCGCGGUGCGCCAGAAGCUGUUCUGAGCUCUUCUGCCAAGCAGAGAGCGGUGGUGCAGCAGUACAUCUUGGAUCCCGUGCUUUACCAGCUGGAAGGCGUUUGGCCGCCCGUCACGGUGAAAACGGACAUCCGCAUCUACGGCACAGUGGUCUCCAUGGACCCCUUCCGUUUCUACAUCAGUGAGUAUGGAUACUUUCGAUCUGGAUUUCUGGAAAAGAACUAUUCGGCAUCGAACGAUGACGACUUUCAGGACGCGUUAAUGCACGUGACCCACCACAUUCCCAAGAUUGAGGCGGGCACCUACCAGUGCCCCACAGCCCCCAGCUGGGGGCAUCCGCAGGGGGCUGAGCACGAUGCCGGAUCGGGAGGUUCCCUGCACAAGUGGUUCAAAAUCGCCCAGGAGCAGAAUGGUCUGGACCCAAAGAUGGUCUGGAAAAACAUCAAGCUCGCCUUGUCGAUAUUCUUGCUGGGCACGAGAGACAAGCUGGAUUGCGCCUCAAACGCCAUUCCCCACGCUUGUGGCUCAGUCGGCUUUCACUUCUUUGCCGACUUGGUGGUGGAUCGCCGCGGCCGGGCUUACCUCAUGGAGAUCCAUCCGACCCUGGCCGUGAAGUCCCCGGGCUUGGGCGACCCGGAAGCUGGCUGGGUCGAGGUCCUGACCAGAUCGACCCGGCAGGGCACCGUUGGCUCCCUGGCGAUGAGCUUUAUCGGCUGGGCCAAUGCUCCUUACCGUCGCUGGGUGGAGUCGCUGCUGCGCCCGCAUUUUCGCUCCAAGCAUCGCUGGCGUCUUGAGCUUCAAGGCUUCACGCGCCGCCUGAAGCGGCAGCGUUCGACGAUGCCAGGCUGGAGUGGCGAGGCGCCCUCCAUCAUCGGCCUCCUCUCCAAGGUGCUGGUGGAGGAGCACCUGGCUUGCCGUCUCGCAGUUGUGCAGGUGCUGCCGGCCAUGUGGUCGGAUGUGGCUUCGAUCGUGGGUCCCAAGCGCGAAGGGGGCGAUCCCUUCGCAGGCUUGCGGGGCUUCUAUCGCCUGUUGGCUGCUGCACGCCGGGUGAUCGCCGGGCGCACGCCAGAUGGAGACCUCCGGCCAAAGCAAUGCGAAGCCGUGGACUUCAACCUCGGCAGUGUUUGGGAUCAGCCAUGGGAGCGUAGCUCCCGGCGAUUCCAGAUCUGA